UAAACACGACAGCACUGUAAGGGCCAAUAAAGCUUGCCUACUGCUUUGUUUAGAUAGAUGUCGAUGUCAUUCGGUUCUAUACUGAAGAAUUAGGUUCUUGCUUUUUAUAUUCCCUUGAUCAUUUUGACAGAUCAGUGACAGAUCUAUCUUUCAGAUUUUCAGGAGGCAAUGACGGAAACGUCGCAUCGUGGUGAGGAGGGAUGGGAGCUAGCUGACAAGUCUACUUGUGGAGGUCUUCGAGCAGACUUAAAGAUUUGUCUUUUAGAAAGUGAUUGUUGUAGAAAGGAAAAAUUAACUCCCCGUCAAUGUUUGGAUCAACGCAAAGCACCUCCUGAAUGCUACCAUUUAUUUGAAUAUUUUGUUGCAUGUAAGAAAUCUAUGAUUGACCCUAGAUCUAGAUUUCGGGGGCCUAAAGGAUAUUAGGUGUGUAGAAUUCUCAGGUAUUUUUCCGAAUAUUAGGUAACUGCAAUAAACUAUACAUUUCUCUCUUCUGUCAUACGGUAUUAAAACUUGAAAUGAAGAA